CCUCUUCGGCCGCGGCCCGGGACGCCCACCUCUCUCCUUCCCGCGCACCGGAUGCGGGGACCCUAGAGCUUCCGCCGUCCACGCAGACCAGCGGGUCGCCGGAACCGAGGAGGCCUCGUGCAGCGGCGCUUUCCCCAGAAUCCACCACUCGCGCCUCACAGCGGCUUCUGCAAGAGAGGCAUGAGGGGUGGCCCCCGGCCUCGGGAGCGUGAGGCGGGCUCGGGGCCGGCCAGUUAAGGGGACUCCGCGGACUCCCCAGCCCGUCCUCUCCGGGGCCUAGCGGCGGGCGAGGGCGCCCGCAGAGGCCGCUAUGUUCCCGCGGAGGCCGCCGGCCACCCUGGCCGCCUGGCUGGCGGGCGCGCGGGGCGGGGGCCUGCUGGCCGCGCUGGCCAAUCAGUGUCGCUUCGUGACGGGCCUGCGCGUGCGGCGAGCUCAGCAGAUCGCGCAGCUCUACGGCCGCCUGUAUUCCGAGAGCUCGCGCUGCGUCCUCCUCGGACGCCUCUGGCGCCGGCUGCGCGGCCCCCCCGGCCAUGUCUCUGCCUUGAUGGCGGCGCUCGCGGGUGUCUUCGUUUGGGACGAGGAGAGGAUCCAGGAGGAGGAGUUGCAGAGGUCCAUUAAUGAGAUGAAGCGGUUGGAGGAAAUGUCAAAUGUAUUUCAGAGUUCUGGAGUUGAGAAUCACCCUCCUGAACCAAAGACCCCCGCAGAAGGGAAUGAAAAGUCGAAGGACAAAGAAGAACCAUGGGAAAUGGUGAUGGAUAAGAAACACUUCAAGCUAUGGCGGCGCCCAAUUACAGGAACCCACCUUUACCAAUACCGAGUUUUUGGAACAUACACAGAUGUGACGCCUCGGCAGUUCUUCAAUGUUCAGUCAGAGAUCCAGCCUCCAGAGAAUCUUCUGCAUCUCUGUUUGGAUCUUCCCUUUUGCUUGCAGCUGGACACAGAGUACAGGAAAAAGUGGGAUGCUCUUGUGAUCAAGCUGGAGGUGAUUGAAAGAGAUGUCAUCAGUGGUUCUGAGGUUCUUCAUUGGGUAACGCAUUUUCCUUACCCAAUGUACUCGAGGGAUUAUGUUUAUGUCCGUCGGUAUAGCGUGGAUCAGGAAAACAAUGUGAUGGUCUUGGUGUCACGUGCAGUGGAACACCCCAGUGUGCCAGAGUCUCCAGAGUUUGUCAGGGUCAGAUCCUAUGAAUCCCAAAUGGUUAUUCGUCCUCACAAGUCAUUUGAUGAGAAUGGCUUUGAUUAUUUACUGACAUACAGUGACAAUCCCCAGACAGUGUUUCCUCGCUACUGCGUCAGUUGGAUGGUUUCCAGUGGCAUGCCAGAUUUCCUGGAGAAGCUGCACAUGGCCACUCUGAAAGCCAAGAACAUGGAGAUCAAAGUGAAGGACUAUAUCUCGGCUAAGCCUCUGGAAAUGAGCAGUGAGGCCAAGGCCACUGCUCCGUCCUCUGAGCGGAAGAGUGAGGGUAGCCGUGGCCCAGCUCGGAUUGAGUAUGCUUAAGGGCCUUUGGGAUAAAGGAGAGACGGGCACUUCCGGUCCUGCCUUGCUCCCUCAGCUCUGCUUCAGGACAGGGACGCGUCACAUGUAUUGGAAGACAUCUGCUGUAACUGUCAGUGGGAGAGAAUUAGAACUGGAGUUAGAUUUCAUUCGGAGCCCUGUUGCUCUUUACCAAACAGAGAGGGCCAUGACAUCAUGGAGUCGUCGUGUGCUCAGGCCAACUAUUGUGAAAUCCGGUAUUAUGCUGAGCUAAUCUGGAGCAAACCUCUCACUUUAGGCCAGAAGGGGAUGACUCCCAUCUGCCUCCUCCGAGAAGCUUCCUUGCUGACAUUCCAGAUGCCACCGUUGAUUGUGCAGCGCUCUGGAUAUCCUUCGGUUCUCUAGGUCACUGGGAACUGGUUGGCCCUGGGCUCUCACUAAGGGUCACGAGGAGUGCUCUUGGUAACAAUCCUUUGGUGACGUGAACACUGGCUGAGCUAAGUGCCUUGUCCUCACCUCGCUUUAUCAUUAGAGACAUGAAGUUUGUACCAAGGGAUCCUUACCCCUGCAAAAUACCGUGACACCGACUCACCCGACUCAAAGCAGUUUCCAUCCUAACUGGCCCUCGGUGUUGAUGGGCUGUGCUCGUUGGACCGUGGCCUCUGCCAUAGCCUUAGCCCAUUUGCCAGGAGCACCAGAGACAGACCCCUUUAGACAGGAGCUUCCUGUUGAUGCCGCCAGUGUUUGAUAGGGUCAGUGGAAGUGUGCACAAAACUUCUCACUUCAGAAGAACUAGAUUUCUUUUUAACCCUGUAGCAAAGUGGAGUUGCAGAUGAGAGCACAGCUCCUUCGUAGUCUUACUUGUUCAGGCGCUAUUUUCCCGCUGCAGGUCGACUGGGCCUUCCUGGAGGGCUCAAGGUAGUGGAUGGUGGUUGCAUUUCCUCAGAACUUUCAAAAUUGAAAGCUGCCAUGUGGGCCAGCAGAUGAAGUCUUGCCCCAUACCAAUAUGGUAGUGAUGUGGCUUAUGUGACCCUCUUGACCCUCUAAAGCGUUUCUCUCCAGAGCUGACACAGAAGUAAGGCGCACAGUUUGGAUAAAUAAGAUCACAACCAGAUGAUAGGGACCUGGCCUUGCUGGUUUCUUUAUUGUGAAUAGGGAUCAAGUUUUAAAUUUUAACCCCCCCCCCCUUUUUUUUUCUGGAGUUUAUAUAGCUGCAUUUUUCUUUUUCCUUUUUUUCCUGCUUGCUUCCCUGUUGUGGUGUUGAAAAAGGAAACUAAACCCAAGGUGAACUUAACCCUUUUUAAAAAAAGUGUUCUUGUUGCCUACUCAGUUCUGUGCCAAGGAAACCACUAACUCCCCCAAUGUUCUGUGUCUUCUCAAUUGUUGGCAGAGUAGAGAGAUGCAUUGAGCAGUCCCAGUGUCUUUCAGUGAGCAUUUCUCCCUUCUCCCCAGACCUGACGGAAACCUUUUCUCUGAAUUUAGCACCUGUAGCUGAAUGUGUGUAAGUGUGUGUGUACGCGCGUGUGCGCGUGCGUGUGCGCACACUGGGCUGCAGGGACUAAGCAGUUGUGGUUGCCCUUUGUUCUGACUUAACGGUGAUUUGACUCUGUGCAGUUACUUGGUCAUUAUAAUGAGUUUGCUCCUAACUGUGACGUUUUUAUCAGAUGUGUGAAUAAAUGCAUAAAGAUUGGUA